CAUUGAUUCUUUUCCCUUAUAAUAAUUAUAUAAUGCAUACUAAGAAAUCAAAAUUAUUGAAUUUAUAUACUUGGAACUUAUGUAUUCUACUGAUAUGUAUGUAUCCAUGCAUGUAUAUAUUGUAUAAAACUUAUAAUUAAUAGCAUAUAGAUGCCAUAAGUUAUUUCUAAGUCAAGAUGCCUCAGCUAUAUUAAUAUAAUUAUUUUUCUUAAUGUUGAGGUUUGUCGACCAAAGUGAUUUUUUUUUUUUUAAUGUAUUUACGCCUUGGGGGAAAAAGCCAUUUAAGUAGGCAGGUGUUUUUGUUUAAUUUUUAACUCUAUCGUCUCUGUUAUCUGAAUUUGUGUUGUUGCCAUAGGACCACAUUGUUUGGACAGUUAUCUUUAGGAAUUGAGGAAUUCUUGUCCUUUGUGCUUAAUUGUCCCAAAGCAUUUUAACAUAUCACUUAUUAUUAUAAAAACAGUAUAUAUUUACUGUAGAAUAUUUGAUAAUUACAGAAAAGCAUGAGAAAAAUCCUCCACAAUUCUAGUACACAGUGAUAAACAUUUAACUGCCAUUAGAACAUCAUCUAGUCUUUUAAACUCUCUCUCCAUAUGUAUAAACAGAGUGUAUGUGUGUAUUAAACACAAAUUAGGAACAUACUGUGAUACUGUAUUUACUUAACAUUAUAGCAUUUUAACAUAUUCCUAUUAAAUUUCUUCAAAAAUAUUAUUUAAUAACUAUAUAAUAGUUUAUCUACAUUUCUCCAGGAUUUAAGAUUUUUUUAACUUUUUGCUACAGUCAAUAAUACUAAUCCUUCUUGUGCAGAAAUAUUUAAAAUAUUAAAUAUAACUUUGUUACAUAAACAUAACUUUCUUAAUUCAAAAUAAAGCCAACUGGAAUUAGUGGCUAAAGGUAAUAGCAUCUCUAGGGAUUGUGAUCCAUUUUUCUCAAAUUUUCCUCUACAAAUCCACAUUUUUACAUGCCCAUUAACAGAAUAUCAGCACCUAUUUCACCACACCUGCAAGAAUGAAUGUUAACUUUAGAAACAGUUUUGCCCAUCUAAUAGUGAAGUGGGAUGUCUCAUUGUUUUAUUCACUUUCCAUUUAUUACUAUUGAGGUUGGACAUAUUUUCUUAUGAUGGUUGGCCCAUUAUCUUAAGAAAAUAGCAUAUGAUUUUUAAAGCAGACUUGCCUAAGACAACACAGCUAUGACAGUUCACAGUUAACUCCAUUGCAUUGACAUCUUCACUGUUGUACUAAUUGUCAGCCUCCCACAGUCCAUUAAAGGAUUUUUUUUUUUAAGAAGUAAAGUAUUUGUUAGGAUAAUAAAGAGCGUGAGCUUCUGUGUACAACGGAGUCUCAGCCCUGCCGUUUAGUCUUAUGUAACCUAAACAAGUUGCUUAACUUCUCUAAGCUGCAGUUUCCUUGACUGUAAAUAAGGCUGAUAAUCCUCACACUAAUUCUCAUAAUAAUGAGAUAGGAAUUAUUAAAGCAUUCAAUAAAAUGCAGCUACUAUUGAAACAGAGAAAUGUUUCUCUGCUAUUUACCCAAUAGGUAUGUCAAGGCACUGUAGCAUGCUUCUUAGAAGCCAGAACUUUUCAAAUCCCAACAAGUUGCAUGUUUUACUUUAUUUUAUUAUUUAAAUUUGCUGUCAGUAGCACAGCUAGUGGGACAUUUUUAAUAGAAAAAAAGGCAGGGGCGGGUUGGUACAUCACCUGGGCACCUGGGCUGCUAGCUCAAGUGUGUGAUUUCAGGAGUCUUGCAGGACACUGAGGUGUCUGCUGGUGUGGUGCUUGGUACUUUAGAAAGUUGCUCCCAGACUGAUAGGAUAAACCCACUUUCCCUUCUUCCUUCUUCCCCCAAAGGGUGAAAGAAAGAGCACUCCUUUAAUAAUGUUGCCAAGCUCAUGUGCUCAUUCAAAGGUCAUUGCAUGAACUUGGCUUUUCUUUUCAACAUUGUGCUCGUGUAUCCACCUGCCUGUUGGUCUAGAGUUUGGUAAAUACAGUGUAGAUUCUCAUUUAGAGACUUUCUUUCCUCGAGAAGUCUGUUCUUUGCUUAGUGGAUUUGAGAUGAUAAAUAUGUUGAUCUUGAAAGAUAAGUUUCAAGUUUUAGAUGAAGCUUCCACCUGAGGUUGUGAGUGUGAUCUCUACUGGCCACUCAGACGUGCUCGCAGGUUGACUCACUCUCUGAACUGCUUUCUGUUUCACAUUCUUGUACUUUCCCAGCUGACAGUUCAGCGGGUGGGUGCCUGUUCCACCGGCUGCUGCAACCAAACAGCCAGGUUCAGAAAUGUCAGAUAUCCUCCAAGAGCUGCUCCGAGUCUCUGAGAAAGCUGCCAACAUUGCCCGGGCGUGCAGGCAGCAGGAAGCCCUCUUCCAGCUGCUGAUAGAAGAAAAGAAAGAGGGAGAAAAGAACAAGAAGUUUGCAGUUGAUUUCAAGACCUUGGCUGAUGUGCUGGUACAGGAAGUUAUCAAAGGGAAUAUGGAGAACAAGUUUCCAGGCUUGGGGGAAAAAAUUUUUGGAGAAGAAUCCAAUGAAUUUACUAAUGAUUUGGGGGAGAAGAUUAUCAUGAGACUGUGUCCAACCGAGGAAGAAACAGUAGCCCUUCUCAGCAAAGUCCUUAAUGGUAACAAACUGGCAUCUGAGGCCUUAGCCAAGGUUGUCCACCAGGAUGUUUUCUUCAGUGAUCCAGCCCUGGAGUCAGUGGAGGUCAGCAUUCCACAGGACAUCUUGGGAAUCUGGGUGGAUCCUAUAGAUUCGACAUAUCAGUAUAUAAAAGGUUCUGCUGACAUUAAACCCAACCAAGGAAUCUUCCCCAGCGGACUUCAGUGCGUCACGAUUUUAAUUGGUGUCUAUGACACACGGACAGGGGUGCCUCUCAUGGGAGUCAUCAACCAGCCUUUUGUGUCACAAGACCUAAACACCCUCAGGUGGAAAGGACAGUGCUACUGGGGCCUUUCUUACUUGGGGACCAACAUCCAUUCCCUUCUGCCUCCUGUCUCUACAAGAAGCAACAGUGAAACGCAGAGCCAAGUGACCCAGAAGCCCAGCUCCGAAGGCUCCCACCCGUUCGCAGCUGUCAUCAGCACCAGCGAAAAGGAGGCCAUCAAGGGCGCGUUGUCGCGCGUGUGUGGAGAGCGCGUCUUCCGGGCGGCUGGGGCUGGCUACAAGAGCCUCUGUGUGGUGCUCGGCCUCGUCGACAUUUACAUCUUCUCAGAAGACACCACGUUCAAGUGGGACUCCUGUGCUGCCCACGCCAUCCUCAGGGCCAUGGGCGGGGGCAUGGUGGACUUAAAGCAAUGCCUGGAAAGAAAUCCUGACGCGGGGCUUGACUUGCCACAGUUGGUGUAUCACGUGGGAAACGAAGGCGCCGCGGGAGUGGAUCAGUGGGCCAACAAGGGAGGACUCAUCGCGUACAGAUCAGAGAAGCAGCUGGAGGCGUUCUUGGGCCGCCUCCUCCAGCACCUGGCCCCUGUGGCGACACAUACGUAGAUGAGCUCUGUCCUCGCGGGCUCCGCAACCCAACUGUGAACCUAGUUUCCACAUCUCUGUCUCUUGAAGACGGCUUUGUCCUAUUUGACAGUCAACAUUCACCUUCCUCUUUGGGGGAGCAUUUUUCCAUUAUGUGUUCAUAAUGUUAAUAAAUGAAUGAUAUUCAUGCAGCA